CAUUCGCUCAAACGGUGUUGUGUGUCAGGCUUUCAGCAACUUUCAUUUCACAAUCCUCCUGGAUAUGAGUUGAGACUCUAAGCGAUGGAUGUGGACGAAGGAUUGAACUGUAAGUUGUGGAACUAGUGGGUUGUGACACAAUUUCUAAAAAUACUAUGGAACUUCAAACGUUGGUGUCUAAUAGGACUGGUUAUGGCACCAAAUCAGAGUCAACAGAACUUUAUCUGGACGGGAAACCACCUAUUACACACUGUAAUGGUAAACCCGCGCUACCUCCCGCGGGACCCGAAAGCAAGGAUGGUUGUUUAGCACUCUCUGAAUCAUAUACCAAAGACCAGAUAUCAGACUUUGUGGGGUUUAUGCAUUUUCUAAGAGGAUUUGUAGGCUCUGGUUUCCUUGUCAUGCCAUACGCAGUAAAGCUUGUUGGACUAUGGUCGGGCGCCAUUGGGAUCAUGGCAAUGGGAUGGAUGGCAAGCUUCAACAUUCUCACGUUGAUAAACUGCUCCCAGACGAUGUGUAAACGAUAUAAUUUACCAGCUCUUGACUAUGUUGAUCUGUUUGAAUACGCGAUGUCUAUCGGCCCUCAGUGCUCACGAAACUUCGCUAAAACGGCAAAGACAGUUAUAGCUGUAGUGCUGACCGUAGCCAAUGUGGGUUACUGUAUUGUCUACAUAUCAACUGCGGCCGCUUACAUGCAACAGCUUGUGCCUUUAUACAUUGAUAACCAACUGUUCCUGCGCCCCUAUAUUGUUGUGUUCUGCGUGAUGGCAAUACCGAUCUGCAUGACAACGACCUUGACCGUUCUAGCACCAUUCUCUACGCUAGGCAACAUCGUUUCCUGCAUCAACAUCGUAAUUGUGUUUCAAUAUAUGUGUAAAGACUUACCGAACGUUGAUACCAGACCAUGGUUUACGGGAGUGUAUGAUGAUCGAGGUUUAGUGUUGAUCGCCAUCUCGAAUAUCAUGUUUUCUUAUGAAGGUAUAGGAUCGGUUCUACCAAUCGAGAACAGGAUUGUGAACAAACAUCAGUAUGGCGGGUGGAACGGACUCGCGGGGCUUGGGAUGACGAUUGUCGUAUGUCUUUACACAGCAUGCGGUUUCUUCGGCUUCCUUAAGUUUGGUGAAGCGACGGAACCAUCCCUGCUCUUGAAUUUACCUUCAGACCAAGCGUUGUAUAAGUGCAUCAAGGUGCUGAAUGUAUUUGUUCUUUAUUCCUCGGUCGGGUUCCAAAUAUUUGUGCCCUCAAAAGUCAUCUGGCAAGGCAUCGAAAGGAGGGUUACAUCCGGAACCUUGGUUAAAUACGGAGAAUAUAUCGUUAGACUUCUCAUUAUGCUGUUUAUGACACUGUUCACGAUGGCUGUCCCCAAUAUGGAUCUAUUACUUCCACUGGUAGGCGCAAUGUGUGGCAGUUCGUUAGCGUUUGUCUUUCCACCACUCAUGAUGACUUUUAUUCUUUGGGUCCCAGAGGAGAAAGAUGAAGAAUCAAAAUGGAAGCGAAUCAAGCAUAAAUUUAAACUUCUACUCUAUAUAUCAUUGUUUCUAUUAGGUAUUAAUUUUACAUUAUUCGGCACAGUCGAUGCGGUUCUAAGGAUAAUUAAUCGAUACGCGUAAUGUGUGUUGUAUUUUAUCCAAUUUAUUAAUAUACAGUUUUACUUGUUAUGUAUACAGGAAAUAUACGUCACACUUAAUUCAUUGUAUCUACAUAUGUCUUAUCUUAGAUGCAUUUUAAGUAUUCAAUACAGACAACAAAAAUAAAUACAUACUGGUUGAAAAUUAUCCAACACUAGAACAGCUUACUUGUAAAAAUGAUCAAAGUAAAACAAUAUUUUAUGUUCUCAUAGUUUGGAUGUUAAUGGCUUGGACAAAGUGUCAUCGAUAUUUCCCCCUUAAUAUCAUUUGCAACAUGUGCAAGAAACAUUCUUGUGCGUGAUUAGAACAAUACAUCUGAAGCGCCGACCAGAGUUAGAAUUUCAAUGCAUUUGUUACAAAGAGGUAGCUUGAUAAAGCUAAUAAAACAAUUUCCGAAACACCUUCUCGAAGGCUUCGGGUUUAUGUCAUAGACUACAUUUUGUAGGUGUAGGCAUGUACCUAUUCUUUACUUCUAGAAAUGUGUUUUGUAUAAUUUGAUGAUGUAUGCCAUUUUUAUUAGAAUGUCCGUUAUAACUUUACUGUAACUGAUGGUCAGGAUUUUUAUGUGAAGCAUAUUAUUUUCGACAUUGCUGGAGAACUCAUUUUUAUUUCAUCGGAGACUGUAUGAUCCGGAAUCAAGGUAUAACUAUAUGUAGUAUUAUUAAACUGGCAGAUAACGUAAAAUAUAAUCUUCACUUAUAUGUUGUUAAACUUUCCUUAUGCUGCUGUUAGUCAUGCGAAAAAGUGUUACGUUUUUAUCUAUCCUGUUAUGAUGAACCAUUGUCACUUCUCAUUGAAACUACAUGUCAAAACUCUAAAUGUCAACGAUGCCUUUCUGGAAAUAAACAGUGACUA